AAGAUACUCUACUCACUGCUGCCUCAUUUAAAAUCUCUGUUAUGUGAACUUUUCGACUGGCCUUGUAUUUUGCAUAAUUCUAAAUUUAGGGUCCCUGGGAAGGCAGUCUCCUUGUCAUAACUACUGUAUUGCUAUUUAUGUACUUCUGUGUGUCCUCAUCUGUGAACAUGUUGGGAUAGCAUGGUACCUUCUUAGUGGUGAGUCUCUGAAUUUGCCACCUCCAGUUGCACAGCACUUGGAGGAAAGAGUUGGUGGAAUAUAGUAGUUUGCCAAAUGAACUUCAAAAUGAAGCAGAGUUUUGAAAAUCAGUACCAGAUCAUGUGCCUGGGGCCUAGAGAAACCGAGGAGGUCCGAGGCAAAGUGCGUGCACAGGACUCUGAGGCUGCUGACUCCCCCUGGGCAGAAUGAUUCCAGAAGGCGUUUAUGUAAAGUUUCUUGCCAAAUAGGCACAUAGGGCCCAUAAAUGUGUCCAGCGGUAGAAACCGUGGACCCUGGUGGUCUCUUUCGAGGGUGCCCUGGGGAAGACCGUGUUACUCGAUGUCCUCUCAAGUUGCAGUGAGAAGAGACUGGAGGCAGGUUUGCUCACCCUUCCCCAGUGACAUUGUUAGUACAGAGUCUACACUGUCUUCUCCUGGGACCCUACUACUACUACUACUACUACUAUAAAUAUCGGGCCCCUGGUGGCUGCCUGAUGAAUACCUGUUGAGUUGAUUUUCCUGAGCUGGAAGUCUCAGCCAGCAAGGUCAGGAUAGUCUCCCCACACCCAGAGGGACUUGCCAGAAUCCAUCCCCUGCAUAAAAUGCUUCACAUUAGCCUAGUUUCUCUCCAAAGCCCUUUUUCCCCUCCAACUUUAUUUAUUUGCGUCUGAGAGAAAUCCUCAAUUAGGAGAACAUAAACUUGAACAUUUGCAUAUCUUCCUUGUAGCAAAAAAGUGUGUCCCUCAGUUCAGAGCAUUCUGCAGGCAGCUAUAGAUGAGAAGAGACCCAGAGCUGGUGGUGUGUGUCAUGCCCCGAUUCUGAACUCGGUGACCUUAACUCCUCUGUGGUGGGGGGGUUUGUAACCUAGAAACCAGCCAAUGCUGCAAAGCAGGGUUUUUCCUCUCAGGGAGCCGUUGUUAAGCACACGAGACAUAUACCCGCUGCCCCACCCUACCUCACGUUACCACUCUCCCGAGCAAGGUUUUAAUCAUCUUUCAGCAUGCCUACAAAACAAGGUAGAGUCGAGUCUACAUAGGAGCAGCAGCAAGCCCUCCUGCUUCCUGGGCCUGGGUUCUAGAUGUCAGAUAGAAAACACGCAGAGUUCUUCAGUGAUGAGCUCUUCCCACAUGUCCAAGGAGAGGCCCUUCCUUCAUCGCACAUGAACCUCCAGGAAGCUGAUCCACAGCUCACAAAUGCCUAUGAAUGAGAAAGAUCGACAGGUAAACUUUGCACCACUCUAUGGUUUUCGAGGUAUCUCAGUAACGAAGAAGACGCAUACAUCUCAAAUUGAAAUUAUUCCUUGCAAGAUCUGUGGAGACAAAUCAUCAGGAAUCCAUUAUGGUGUCAUUACAUGUGAAGGCUGCAAGGGCUUUUUCAGGAGAAGUCAGCAAAGCAAUGCCACCUACUCCUGUCCUCGUCAGAAGAACUGUUUGAUUGAUCGAACCAGUAGAAACCGCUGCCAACACUGUCGAUUGCAGAAAUGCCUUGCCGUAGGGAUGUCUCGAGAUGCUGUAAAAUUUGGCCGAAUGUCCAAAAAGCAGAGAGACAGCUUGUACGCAGAAGUGCAGAAACACCGGAUGCAGCAGCAGCAGCGAGACCACCAACAGCAGCCCGGAGAGGCUGAGCCGCUGACUCCAACCUACAACAUCUCGGCCAACGGGCUGACAGAGCUUCACGAGGACCUCAGCAACUACAUUGACGGGCACACCCCUGAGGGGAGCAAGGCAGACUCUGCUGUCAGCAGCUUCUACCUGGACAUACAGCCUUCCCCAGACCAGUCAGGUCUUGAUAUCAACGGAAUCAAGCCAGAACCAAUAUGUGACUACACACCAGCAUCAGGCUUCUUUCCCUACUGUUCUUUCACCAAUGGAGAGACUUCCCCAACUGUGUCCAUGGCGGAACUAGAACACCUUGCACAGAAUAUAUCUAAAUCACAUCUGGAAACUUGCCAAUACUUGAGAGAAGAGCUCCAGCAGAUAACGUGGCAGACUUUUCUGCAGGAGGAGAUAGAGAGCUACCAAAACAAGCAGCGGGAGGUGAUGUGGCAAUUGUGUGCCAUCAAAAUCACGGAGGCUAUACAGUAUGUGGUGGAGUUUGCCAAACGCAUUGAUGGAUUUAUGGAACUGUGUCAAAAUGAUCAAAUUGUGCUUCUCAAAGCAGGUUCUCUAGAGGUGGUGUUUAUCAGAAUGUGCCGUGCCUUCGACUCUCAGAACAACACCGUGUACUUUGAUGGGAAAUAUGCUAGCCCCGAUGUCUUCAAAUCCUUGGGUUGUGAAGACUUUAUUAGCUUUGUAUUUGAAUUUGGAAAGAGUUUAUGUUCUAUGCACCUGACCGAAGAUGAAAUUGCAUUAUUUUCUGCAUUUGUACUAAUGUCAGCAGAUCGCUCAUGGCUGCAGGAGAAGGUAAAGAUUGAAAAACUGCAACAGAAAAUUCAGUUAGCUCUUCAACAUGUCCUGCAGAAGAAUCACCGAGAAGAUGGAAUCCUAACAAAGUUAAUAUGCAAGGUGUCUACGUUAAGAGCCUUAUGUGGACGACAUACAGAAAAGCUAAUGGCAUUUAAAGCAAUAUACCCAGACAUUGUGCGACUUCAUUUUCCUCCAUUAUACAAGGAGUUGUUCACUUCAGAAUUUGAGCCAGCAAUGCAAAUCGAUGGGUAAAUGUAUCACCUAAGCACUUCUAGAAUGUCUGAAGUACAAACAUGAAAAACAACAACAACAACAAAUUAACCAAGACACUUUAUAUGGCCCUGCACAGACCUGGAGCGCCAACACACUGCACAUCUUUUGGUGAUCGGGGUCAGGCAAAGGAGGGGAAACAAUGAAAACAAAUAAAAGUUGAACUUGUUUUUCUCAUGCAUAUGAUUUCCAUUAUGCCUACAGAUAUGGACCCUUUUUCUGUCUCAACUUCUCAAUCAUUGACCUCUGUUUACAACUGAAGGAGGGUACUAAAGUCGGAGGAUUUCCUUUUCUUGUAGCUCACUGCCCACAGACUUUCUGCAGAGUCACCAAUCUGUCGGUAACAACAGAGAGUCCAGCAAUAAUCGGUGACUGGUGUGCAUAGCGGAGGUUGCGGCAUUAUUUUGCACAACUUGCUCUUUGUUUCAUGAAGGAAGUUUUUAUUUUUCCACCGAUUAUUGCCAGUCAGCAGGAUGGCAUGAAAAGGGUCCAUAGCACUAGCAACAAUAGCAUUAUAAUAUAUUACAGGGUAAAUGGGCAUGAAGACUAUAUAUAGCUAAAAGAGAUAUUGUUUAUAUAUUGUUUUAAUUAAUAUAAAAUGUAGUUACUGGUGUAGCUUUUCCUGUUGAAUUGAUAAGGCACUUUCAUUUUGCACCUUUUUCUUUAAAUUAAAUGCUAGCGUGUUCACUGUCGUGUCGCAUGUGCACCAGAAACACAAGUUUAACUGAGAAGGCUUGGAAGGUACGUCAGGAGGUAUUUAUGCUGCUGUUUACAAAUUACUUUUAAAAGACUGGCUGGUCAUAUCUAGAAAUCACGAUGUGGAUUAUUAUUAUUUUUUUUUUACACGUGAAUUCGGAAUUAGAACUCUACCUAAAUUAUACUUUGCUUCGUGGUAAGUUUAAGGAUAGAUGUGUUUAUGCUUCAUACAAAGUUGAAUGAUUGAUUGGUGCUAUGGACUUACACCAUCAUGCACAUUAUUUUUAAAAAAGCUUUUUUAAAUGCCACCUCAUGGAGGCAGGGGAGAGAGGGGAGGCUUAUUUUACACAAUUCUAUAGUUAUAUGGAGUCCAUCUCAACUUGGAACUCUUAAUGCUUUGAGAACAAAUCAGUAACCCAAAUAUUUAUUGGAAUUCAGCUUUUAUUAUAAGAAGGACCCAAAGAUUAUAUCUGGAGCAAAUAUACACUCCCCAUGUGAGGACAUGAAGCAUUUACUUUGUGAAUGAUUAUGUUCUUGGUAUAAUCUAGGAACCCUAAGAGGAUAUCUCAGAGUAAACUAGUUCUAGACUAGCUGCCUCUAGAUGCUAUAAUUCUAGAAUAUUGCUCUCCAUAGCUCACAGACCCUGGAUAGAGGGGCGAGAGAGGCAUGCAAUGCAGAACCAGUUUCUCUUACUUAAAUAUGAAAUAUUUUAAGCACUCAAAGUGAAGUUGAUGUUAAGCUGCAAACAUUUACUCUUGUAUUUAUCUUCACUAGAAAACUGUGGACUGUAAUUUAUUUUAUUAAAUAUUUAGAAGAUUGUUUGGCUUUUGUGUUCAGGUGAGAAAUAUUGAAUGUUCUUGUUUAAUUUCAUGUUUUGGGGGUUUUUUUAUUUUAAUAAUUCCCAGGGGGGGAAGGGAAAAUGAACAGUCUGAUAUACAGGUGUGCAUAUUUGAAAAAUAAGUGCCCUUUGGAAAUGUAGGCAUUUAGAAGAUGAUUUUAGUCACCCUGGGGGUAGGAUUCAAACUUGUGGUCUGACCUCAAAGACCACGUUUGUACAGAAAAGGAAAUAUCUUCCCAUAGCAUAAAGGUGGGAGUGUCCAGGCAGCCCUUUAUAGCAGAGAAAGUGUCUCUACCACCCGGGUCCCUCCUGAAUCCUGAUGUCACGUGGAUAACAGCAUGGGCUUCCCAGAGCCCGAUACUCUGGCUUUAACUCCACUGAUUGUCUGACUUGUUUCCUGAGGGAUUUGGAGAAGAGGAAGGGAUUAUUCACACAAAAGUGUGUAUGAAGCCUAAAUAACAUCUUAAAUUUUUUUUUCAAAAAUAUAGUAAGGGUUUAACCAUAAAUAGAAGACGAAAGUAAUAUUUACUUAAAUUUCUUACAAGUAUAUAAAACUUUAUGUGAGUGUUUAUACAGAGAGGUUAACUAUCAGCAUAUAGUAUUUAUAUUUGGGCAAGAAGGGUUAAAUCAAAAUUUUAAUUUAAAUAAGCAUAGUUCCUGUGAGGAUCAAUAGUAUUUAUACUCUGAAAAGAGUACCACGUUUAGUUCAGUUAUUUAUUUGUCCAUCUUUCUUCCUAUUAUUUCUCUUGUGGGGGAAAACGGUAUGGUAUUGUUUUUUGGGGUGGUUUUUUUUGGUUUGUUUUUUUGUUUUUUGUCAUUCUGAUUCACUAAAUUUGGGGGUGGUUUGAUUAAAGUAUAUUAACUUCUUUUUAACCAAAGCUUUCUGAAUAUGACCAGCCUCAGGUGCUAGUGCAUUAAAGAGCAACUAAACCUAAUUCCAGUGUCCACUUGUGAAAUGAAAAGAGCUAAUUGAACUUCUCUAAGGGUGAGAGAGAGCAUAAUGUUGAGCUUAAAAGAAAUUCCUUUUCCCAGAAGGGAUUUUGCAUGUACCAAAUGCAAAAAAAAAAAAAAAAAAAAAAAAAAAAAAAAAAUGCUUAAUCUCAAUAGUAGUCCCACCAUGGUGACAUUGCUUUUAGAGUAAACCAAGAUACAUUGACAUGAUGCUGCUACCAGAUCUUUCUGAAAGAAAAGCAAGGUGAGGAUUUUAAGAGCAAAGUACAUUGACAGUGUAGGGACAGAGCAGGAGAGGUGUGCUCGGUGAACAGAGGGAACAACUAUUAUUUGGAUAAAAGUUGGGAUCUGAAGUUAAACAAUAAAUUCAGUUUUAAAAAGUGAAGUUCAGAAAAGGAUGUGAAAAACUUUGCAUUUUUAUUUUCUUUCUUACUAUAGAAACACCUGUGUGAUGACACAAAAUACUUGGUGAUACAGAACAAUUAUUCUUAAGAGUGCUUAUAAACUAAAGUUUCCUAAACUAAAAUAUCCAGUAGUCUUUGAAAGAUUGGAAUCACAUCAUUGUUAUCCCAGCUGCUAUGUCUUGUAUACAGUUUUUCAUAUAAGGUACGUAAGGCUUUCGUACAAAGCCCGAAUACCUUUGGUUACAAUGGUGUCAAAUGAUUGCAUUAUACUCUGGAGAACCUGGCCUUGGUCACAAUGAAAACAAAAGUGCAGAUGAAAGUGCUUUUUUGGACAGUUUGCAAAUUGUGUUAAAGCUAUGGAUUUUUUUUUUUUAAGUGUUCGGCAUCCUAAUUUGCGUUAAAGCUAUGGAUUUAAAAAAAAAAAAAAGUCUUCAGCAUCCUAAUUCACCCUUCCUAAUUUAAGGAAAAUAUGACUUAUGGCACUGCUUCUAAGUUUGGUUGUUCUUUAUAGUGUGGAUACCCGGAUCUCUGUGAGCGUAUGGGGGUGGGCUGAGGGCCAGGGAGGAGGGAGUAUGUGUGGGUGGGUGUGUAUGCAGGUGUGGGUGUGGUUUUCGUGUGUAUGAUGUGCGUGUGUCGGACCGCUUCUAGGCUACUAAGUGUCAAUGGAAAAGAAAAUGUAUUCAAAAUACUUAAAUCAAAACUAGAAGAUGGGGGAAAAAUGACUUAUUCUAUACAAAGCCUUGUCUGGACCACUUUAGAGAGACUUCUAUUUUUUUAACCCUUCUAUAAAUAUUUGAUGGCACUUGAAAUAUUCCUGCAAUAAAAUGUGAUUU